AUGAGACAGACGACUAUCCUCUCCGGCCUCACGGCCUUUCUUCCGUCCACGGCCAUGGCCUUCUACACCCCGAGCUUCCUGGGCGCCCGUCAGGAUAAGGCUCCCUACCAGGAUGUGGUUUGCAAGCCCGAGACAACUGGCCAACUGCCCCCUUGUGUCCAGAUUGAGAACAUUGAGGUCGCCUGCAAACCUAACGGUACCGACGCCGUUUACUACGAAGCCCAUGCCCAGUGCAUGUGCGGCGGCUCCUUCUUCGCCGAGAAGCUUGCCUGCGAACGUUGCCUUUACGUUCAUGGUCUGAGGAGCGAAAGAGACCUGGCGUACUAUAGUGGCAUUCUGUCAUCAGCCUCCAACGCUCUCUGCACCGGCACUCCCACAGCCGUCUUCGCCAGCGUCUACUCAUCUAUCCAACAGGCUGCCACUCCUGUCACCACCGGGGGCACUGCCACUAGUGACCGCGCCGUCAGUAACACGGCCAUCUCUUUGUAUUACACGGCCAGUGGUCCCCAAGGACCCGGCAGCAUAACCGGAGCAGCUGCCAGCGCGGCGGGCACCGGAGGCGAGACGACCGCCGCCGAGUCCACAACCGCGGAGCCCACUAACACCGCUACGACCCGCUCGACGUCGGGCAGCUCGACGUCGGCUGCCACCACCUCGGCCGGCUCUGGCACAGCUUCUGGCGCUGCCGCCAGCUCCUCUUCUUCUGGCAGCGGUGCUAUGCCUACCUUUGCCGCUGCUGGUGGUCUUGUCGCCGGUGCCGCUGGUUUGGCUGUUUUCGCUGGAUUGUAA